AUGCUGGUCUUGGAUGUGCUGUGGUAUCCCGAUGUCGCCUUGCUGGCGGUGGAGUUGGUGGCGGCCACGGCCGGGAUUUGCCGAGGUGCCACUGACUGUCAGUCACACCUGGACUCUGCAACGAUGCUGGUCUUGGAUGUGCUGUGGUAUUCCGAAGUCGCCCCCAAGACUCUUGCCCCUCAGAUUGCGAUGCAUUCCGCUCACCUUACCACCUAUAAGACGCUCCGUGAGUUCAUUGUGCAAUACCUGAAGUCCAAGAACCUUUGGAAGCGUGGUGCCGGUACUGCCUUCGGCACACAGUCUGCGCCACCCGCAGCUCCAUACUCUGGGCCAGCACCCAUGGAGAUUGGAGCGGUGGAAGCGGACAACAAGUCAAAACCAAAAGGUGAUAAAGGUGGUAAGGGUGAUAGAAAGGGCAAGCUUGGCAAAGGUUCUAAGGGUGCAAGCAGCAAAGGAGACGGCAAGGGCAAACGCACGUCGACAUCAAGUUCGACGAACGUGAAUGCGGUCGAAGGGACAGUUCCUGACAACGGCGAGCUGGCCAGCACGAUUGCAGCCUUGCAGCAGCAACUUGCGGCACUUCGGCUCACCGGCGCAUCCUCAGUGAGUGCUUCGUCCACGUCGUCUGCCAACGCUGAGGUUGCCGAAGCCGUUUGUUCCACAAUGCGUGGUGACGGAGGACAGAAGUACAUUUUGGUUGACUCAGGCGCCACCACCAGUUGUGCUAGUUCAAACCAUUUUCCCAAUGCCGCACUCGACGCAUCAAAACGCAAGCAGCUGUGUGCCAUCAACGGAACGCCAAUACAACAGCAGGGCGAGCUUGCAGCUCACACCACCCUCUCAGCAACAACAGCCGACGGAGUGGACGUCAAAAUUCCUGCAAGGUUUCGUUUGGACUCCACAAACAUCACCGAACCGGUGAUGGCUUUCUGCCGCAUCUUGGAUGACGCCGAUUGCGACAUGCACUUCUACCGUUCAUCCUCCGGCAGGCCGGCGCACAUCCAAACACCAGACGACCACACCAUCGUCCCGCCCCGGUUUGGGUCCCGGUUCUACAUGCCGUUUGAGGAUCGAACAAGCGGUGCUGCGCCGCCAGCGUUCGUUGCAGCACAACGCCACGAAGAUGAUGUGUCUGCCGCUCCCGCCGAAGAAUCGGCGCCGGAGGAUGGCAGCGUCGACAUCGACGUCGACUUGGAUGGCCAACCGGAGUCACCUCAACCACGUCAUCUUCCUGCACCCGCUGCGCCCACAGACGACGAGCGAGCAUUGCACAACCUCACCCAUGCUGAUUUCGCACCAUGGUGCCGCCAUUGCAUUACUGGCAAGGCGGCCGAGUCUGGACACAAUCGGCAAGUCAAGAACGCAGAUGCUGAGGUGCCAGUCUUGCAGUUCGAUUAUCAAUUUUUCAGCCGCGAGGGCCAACUAGUAGAAGAAGAAAGCCGUGCAGCCACAGUCCUCACGGCCACUGACACUUCCUCCGGAUGGCCUCUGAUGCUGUUCGUGCCUGAGAAAGGCCCAAACUCUUACGUGAUCAAAGCGAUAGUGUCAUGGAUUCAGCGUUUGGGGUAUGCUAAAGUAACGUUUCAACACGACCAAGAGUCCUCGUUACGAAGCCUAGCCGAGCAAGUCCAGCGCGAACUCGGACAUGCGCAUGUGCAUAUCCAG